AUGGCCGACAACAUGGACAGAGGCCUCGACGAGAUCAUUGCUGACAAGCGCAGCACUGGUCCUCGAAACCGCCGCGGUGGGCGAGAUGGCCGCCAUCGCGAUCACAGUGACUAUCCCCGGGACGGGGUAAGAAAGCCAAACCGUGACGCGCCUCGAAACUUGGAUAGCGAGUGGGUUCAUGACCGAUACGACGAAGCCGAUUUUCGCCGGGCCCCGGCCCCUCGACGCCGACGCGAGUCGCCGACCAGUGAGGCCAGAGGCUCCAAACUACGCGUCGAGAAUAUCCACUACGAUUUGACCGAGGAGGAUCUUGAUGAGCUUUUUUCCAGAAUCGGACGUGUGAGCAAGCUCAAUCUGCGUUACGACCGCGCAGGCCGCUCCGAAGGCACUGCAUAUGUCACGUAUGAUCGCAAGGAGGAUGCCGAGGAGGCCGUUAGGCAAUUCAAUGGGGCCAAUGCCAAUGGGCAACCCAUCCGUUUGACAAUGCUUGCAUCGCGCAAUCCCUUCGAUACUGCAGUCAUGCCUGGACGGCCACUAGCGGACCGUGUCUCGGCCCCAGGGGGUAGAGCUCGCUCCUCCUCUCCUCGACGCAGAUUCGAUGAAGAGGAUGCAGCUCGCAAGGGCAUCGACCGGUAUAUACCUGGCAGACACUCCAGAAGUCCUGUACCACGUCGGCGCGGAGCAGGUGGACGUCGCCCCGGCGCUCGACGUGAAGGAAACCAGCAGGAGUCAAGCCGUGGUGGGGGUGGUCGCGCCAACCCCCGGGCCAAGAAGACGCAGGAAGAACUUGAUGCGGAAAUGGCCGACUACUUUGGAGGUGGCGAGAAGGAUUCCGGCUCGACAAUCAACGCGCCCACUAACGGGGAUGCUCCAGCCGUUCCAGCGGCUUCGAAUGACGACAUUGACAUGAUCGAAUAG